GCUACCCACGACAACAACAACAACAACAACAACGAAGAUAGCAACUGCCUGUUUUCUCUCACUUCAAGCAGUUGAAUCGCAUACAUUCUAAAUCCCCUCUGCAAUUAUAAAAAACAUGGACUACGACUCAGCCGAUCUGACGUCGGUUUUGCGAACUCUCUCUGCGUUCUCCAACCAACAACUCCCCGCUCCAUCUCUCAGCGAUGACAUAACGACCACCACCAAUUCUCAAGUACAUAGUCCGAAUGAUCCGCAAGACAGUGAUUCAUACGAGCCAUCAGACAUCUUACCUUCAAUGCCCCUGACUCGCCAACAGCCACCGCAACAGCAGCCGAAAUCUCUAAACCCCCAGACUCCCACUUACGCUCCCCUCCCACGGUCCCAAACGCCCCAAAAUGGGACGACAGGCGACUCGACAUCCAUAACAACCUGGAACACAGCCCUUCGCCAUGUCAUGCGUACAGUUGCGCAAAAUGAGAACCUUCAAGGCCGCAUUCGAUGGUUAAUCCGCCGUCAGCACGAUCAUGAGAAGCAAUGGUGGCAGGGCAGGGAAGCUUUGGUAGAAAAGCAACAAGCACGAGUGGACAAAAAGAAGGAGCUCGAUGCUGUGCUACGCUCGGUUGGUGCACCAGUCGACGAUACCAAACAGAUUUCGACGGCCGAGGAAGAUCAAGCCGAACUUGCUAACUACGAUACAAAAGUGUAUAAAGCUUCGAGACAGAUGGCCGAUGCUAUGAUUGCGGAGCUGCGAGGAUUGGGGAUUCCUUUCUUCAGUAUUAGGAAAGAUCUGGUUCUGGGUGCUGAUGCCAGGUCCGUGAUAGUGAAUCCGUUUGGCCAGAAAGAGACAUUCAUUACCAAGCAGGAUUUGUCGCAGCUUCAACGACGGAUGCUGGAACUGUUACUGGAUCUUUGUGGGGAGCAGUAA